AUGAACUCCGAACAUACACUCAAAGAACUCAUUGCCAUUCAAAAUUCACUUGAUGCCACCAAUCUAAAAGUACUCAAGAAAGAGUUCAAUAGUAAACAACAAGACUUUGCCCUACUAAAAGAAGAGUUAGAAAGAAGGGAUAAGUAUGCUAAGGAGUUAGAUGGCUUUUGGUCAACUGUUUUCUGUAAUUCUGAUUACUUCUAUGUUCUCUUGGGUAAAGAAAACUGCAAGGAAGGAGAGGAAGAAUGUAUUCCUUUGGACUGGAUAGAGAGUUUAAGUGUGGACUAUCGGCCGGACUUUAAGUUCUGGGUAGAGAUAAAGGUAAGACCUAAUGAAUACUUUGAUAAUCAGAGUUUGACUAAAGAGUUUUCACUCUUUGCCGAUUCAAAUCAAGAUCAGAAAUGGACUGCUAUUAACUGGAAACCAGGUAAACGUGCACUUUUUGACUGUCCUUUGAUUCGAUUCUUUACUGCGGAAGAGAUUCCCGAUGAAGAUGAUAAUUUGAAUACUUUCCAAAUUCUCAGUGACAUGUACGUCAAUGGAGUUUACUACUUCAUGCGCCGGGAUGAACCAGAAGAGAUAGAGGAAUAA